AUGAAGAGGGUGAGGAAGAGUGAGGAAGAUGGUGACGAUGCUGGCGAUGGCGAUGGCGAUGGCGAUGGCGAUGGCGAUGGCGAUGGCGAUGGCGAUGGCGAUGGCGAUGGCGAUGGCGAUGGCGAUGGCGAUGGCGAUGGCGAUGGCGAUGGCGAUGGCGAUGGCGAUGGCGAUGGCGAUGGCGAUGGCGAAGGAGAGGACGUUGCUGAUGAACGCGCCAACGACAAAGUCAAGCAAGAGCUCGAGCGUCAGCAGGCGUGGAGGCUGCGGAUCGAAGCGCGCUUGCACCAACUUGCCAUCCAGAAGCCCGCGUACUGGCGCAGAGCCGAAAGGACCCUCAGAAUGUUCAUCGGCUACGACAGCAAGGCGGAGGCGCACGAGGACCGGGGGAUGGAUAUGAUCGCCACCAUCGUUUCGCUCGUCAAGAAGCUGCACAAGGGAGGCGAGGACUACUACGGAAGCGUCAAGCAAUGGAUUGAUUGCGCAACAGACAAGGGCUGCAUGCAUCUCUACCAGUGGCGCUGCAAGGCGUUGCGCGCUUUCUGCUGGAUUGCGCUGGAUGUCAUGAGCACUGCGAUGGACGAGGACGAGUUUCCCUCGCUGGCAAAGGUCUGGGAGAGGCUUGAGGGCGAGGACAACCACUUCCUAGGUUCGAUCGACCGUUGCUCGGCUGCUACGCUCAAAGGACUUCUGCGCGCAGCGACUGCGACAAUGGUGGCCAGCAACAAGUACGACGGAGCAUUAUGCGCCUGGGGUAGUGCCCGCCUGAGCACUGAGACACCCUCAGAGAGCCUGCGCAUUGACUGUAAGAUGACUGUUAUUAUGCGCCGAGACGCGCACUCGGAAGUCGAGGUUUUUGUCGAUCUGAUGGCCCGAACCGAUUCUCCGGCGGUCAGCGAACGGUUUGGGCUGUGGUGUGGCGAGGACAACAUGGUGGUGAAGUAUAAAAGUGACGACCUCGACCUACCGGGGAGCAUCGACCCUACAUUCUUCGAUGAACUCGCGCGCUUGGUCGGGAUCCCGGCCGAUCAUGACAACCAGGAACCAGUGCGAACCGCACUGCCGGCAGACACCGAGCGGCGAGUGCGUAUGGCCACGGUGCUGGCAGUGUGCAUCCUGGGACCUGCCACGCGGUACGACGGUCUGCGUGGCACCGCCCAGGGGAACUUUUUCGACGGACACAAACCGACCGCGUGGUUCCACGACGACCCGGCGGAGGAGGUCUUCGCCCACUGCCUCAAUGGCUGGUUGGACGACCAGACCUUCGGCUUCCCCGGAGAAGUGGAUGAAUGA